AUAUAUGGAGAUAAAAUAUUUUUCUAGUCACAUUUCAGAAGUCCAGUGUCUUGUAACGCUCCCUUAAAACCGCCUCUCUCACAAUGCGAAAGUCCCUCAGUUACCGACCCUUUCACAGUGUGAAGCUCCCUCAGUACCACCGUUCCGUCCCCACCGCAGUGCGGCGCUCCCUCAGCACCGCUCCUUCCACGAAGCGAAGCUCCCUCGCUGCCGCUGACGUCACGGGCGCUGACUUUCCGCAGCCAGGCUGUGGUGAUGGUGACUGCCCCCACCCGCCGGCCGGCCGGCGCGGCAGUCGGUACAACUACUCUCAUGGAGACCAGCGGCGUUCCUUUGCUCCUGCUCGGUGUGCUGGCGGCUGUGUGCGCGGCGCCGGAGCUCGAAUGUCCCGCAGAGUUCCUCUCGUCCCAUCAACCCGAGGGCAGUCCCUGCUGCUCGGGCUGCCGACCAGGUUUCUUUUUGAAAGAGGAAUGUUCUAAGACCUCCGAAUCUGUCUGCAUACCAUGUCCAUACGGAUCAUAUUCUACGCAAUGGAACAACGUGUUUACCUGUCUCCGCUGUGAUGAAUGUGGAUACGAAGGGAUGCAGUAUAAGAGAAACUGCACGGCGCGCUCAAAUGCCCAGUGUGAAUGUAGCGAGGGCUACGUUUGCGAAGACAGCGAUUGCAGAAGCUGUAUCACAAAAGGUGGAGCUGUGACAAGCAAUCCUUGCUCUUCAGGAACAUUUUCUGACACAGGAGCUGAGCCAUGCCGACCUUGGACCAAUUGCACCAGCCUGGGUUACGUCGAAAUAUCACCUGGAAGUCAAAUGAGAGAUACCAUCUGUGAUUACAGCACAAAGGUAACUCCCACCCAGAGAGCCAAAGAAUCUUCUAACAAAAAGGAGGUUGUAACGGCCAUUGUGGCUUUCGCUGGCCUCUUCCUGCUUUGCCUGUCCAUUGGACUGCACAUUGCUACGUUUAGGAAAAAGAGAAGAAGAGAUUGUACUCUGUCACCAGAUGAAGCACAAGCAAAACUUACAAAUACACUAUGUGAAAAAACCAACAAUAUUCGCUAUCCAGAACAGGAAUGUGGAGGGACACCUUGCCUAGACACAAAGAACAUGGAGCAUGCCAGUGUUGACAUACCUUCUGUAUGAUAACCUUGGGCUGUGAAGGAAGACUUGCAUGAACAGCAUGCAUUUUCUGCAGCUUUGCUAACAUGAGCUUUCUGCUCCCUGUUGUGUAACUGUGCUGUAAAUUGCUGGAGCGUUGGCUGGGAAUGUCACCUAUUGAAUACUGUUGGACCAUAAGACAUAGGAGCAGAUUUAGGCCAUUCAGCCUGUUGAAUCUGCUCUGCCAUUCCAUCAUGGCUGAUCCCAGAUCCCAUUCAACCCCAUACACCUGCCUUCUCACCAUAUCCUUUGAUGCCCUGACCGAUCAGGAAACAAUUAACUUCCACCUUAAAUAUAUGCAUGGACUUUGCUUCCACUGCCGUCUGUGGCAGAGUUUUCCACAGAUUUACUACUCUAUAGCUAAAAUAAUCCCUCCUUAUCUCUGUUCUAAAGGGUCGUCCCUCAAUUUUAAGGCUGUGCCCUCUAGUUCUAGAUAGCCCCAUCAUAGGAAACAUCCUCUCCACAUCCACCCUAUCCAGUCCUUUCAAUAUUCGGUAGGUUUUGAUGAGAUCCCCCUGCACUUUUCUAAAUUCCAGCCCAAAACUGCCAAACACUCCGCAUAUGCUAACUCCUUCUGUUCCUACUGACUUGUCCCCCCGUGGCGAGGAAGGAAAAAGUCAGAGAGGGCAUCAGAGUUGGAGGCACUCACACUCCUGAGAAGAAAAGAUGGAGAAACAGUUAGGGCUCUCUGAAUGGGGAAUGACAGAGGAACGCAACAAGUAACAGGGGCAUGUGGCAGCUGCCAGGUGAAUAUUUCAAAUGAGAACUAGGCUGAUUACCGUAAGUAAAGACAGAAUACGUGAGCAGGGGAGGAUAUGCUGGAACAAGUUAGGCCACAGCUUGAGCACUGUAUAGUUUUGCUUGUAAUACUGCAGGUACAUUUCCAACACUGUGUGUGGUUCUGCUCAUAAUACUGCGAGAUGUGAUUUCAGGGGAGAGCAUGCAAUGGAAGAACCAUGUCUACUCAUCCUAAUUUUUACAAACUUCUAUAGAUAGUUAGAUACUUUAUUGAUCCCAAAGCAAAUUAUAGUGUCACAGUAGCAUUACAAGUGCACAGAUAUAAAUAUUAGAAGAGAAGUAGAAAGAAUAAAAAAUAACUUACCGCAAAUAAUCUAGCAGGAGGAGGCCAUCACUGCCCUGACUAUAGGUUGCCUCAUUAUAGAGCCUAAUGGCCGAGGUUAAGAAUGACCUCAUAUAGCGCCUUUAGAGUAGCGCAGUUAACUUAGUCUAUUACUAAAGGUACUCCUCUAUUCAACCAAGGUGACAUGCAGAGGGUAAGAAACAUUGUCCAGAAUUGCCAGGAUUUUCCGUAGGGUCCUUUGUUCUAUCACAGCCUCCAGUGUGUCCAGUUUGACUCCUAUAACAGAACCAGCCUUUCUAAUUAGUUUAUUGAGCCUGUUGGCAUCACCUGUGUUGAUGCCAUUACACCAGCACAUUAUCACAUAGAAGAAUGCACUGGCAACAACAGACUGGUAGACCAUGUGAAGGAGAGGCCUGCAUACUCCAAAGGACCUCAGUCUCCUCGGGGCUGUGGGCCUUCUUGUACACAGCUUCUGUGUUGGUGCUCCACUCAAGUCUGUCAUCCAGGAGCACCUCCAGGUACUUGUAGGUCCUCACCACAUCCACGUCCUCACCAUCAAUAGUAACAGGGAGCAGUGCAGGCUCGGUCUUCCUAAAGUACAUCACCAUCUCCUUUGUCUUCCUGAUGUUGAGCUGCAGAUGAUUCAGCUUGCACCAUUUGACAAAAUCCUCUAUCAGGGCCCUGUGUUAAUCCUCUCCUCCUUUCUGUAUACACCAAACUAUUGCUCAGUCAUCAGAGAAUUUCUGCAGAUGACAUGACUCAGUGUUGUAUCUAAAGUCUGAGGUAUACAGGGUAAACAGAAAGGGAGCCAAUUCAGUCCCCUGGGGGCCCCAGUGCUGCUUACAGCCAUGUCUGACACACGGCUCUGAAGCCGCACAAACUGUGGUCUGCCAGUCAGGUAAUCCAUUAUCCAGGAUACAAUGGAAGUGCCAGCCUGCAUUGAAUGGAGCUUUUCCAGCAAUGAAAUCAAAAACCAUGAUCCUCUGCCCUGCUUAUCCAAAUGCGAGUAGGCUCUGUUCAGCAGGUAGAUGACAGCAUCAUCAAUUCCAAUGUGCUCCUAGUAGGCAAACAGUAGAGGACUGUGGGUUGAUAUGACCAGGGGUUGGAAGUAAGCUAGUUACAGCCUUCCUAGGGUCCUGCCGAAGGGUUCUGGCCCAAAACGUUGACUCAUCGUUUCCACGGAUGCUGCCCAACCUGCUGAGUUCCUCCAGCGUGUUGUGAUUGUCCCUAGGGUCUUCAUGAUAGGUGGGGUCAGGGCCAAUGGACUUUCGGUUGGUCCUUCUUGGGUACUGGGACCACAGAUGAUGUUUUCCACACAAUCGGGACCCUCUCCAGGCUUAGUCUCAGAUUGAAAAUGUGCUGCAGAACUCCACACAACUGCUCAGCACACUCCUUCAGUACCCUGGGGUUCACACCAUCCGGUCUCAAUCCGGGUUUCCCAGGAUCCUUGCACAGUGGGGAGAGUCCUGACUGGCUGCAUCACAGUUCGAUAUGGAAACACCAAUGUCCAGCAAUGAAAAAGUGGUGGAUACAGGCCAGUCCAUCACAGGAAAAGCUCCCCCCCCCCCACCCAUCAUUGAGCACAUUGACAAGGAGCGCUGCCACAAGAGAGAGGCAUCCAUCAUCAAGGACCCCCGCCACCCAAGCCAUCCGUCUUCUCGACAAGGAGGUACAGGAGCCUUGAGACCAAUACCACCUGGUUCAGAAAGUUACUACCCUAGGACCAUCAGGCUCCUGAACCAGUGUGGAUAACUUCACUCACCUCAUCUCCUAACUAACUCUACAACCUGCAGACUCAAUUUCAAGGACAAUUUUUGUUCUCCGUAUAUUUUUAUUUUCUUUCGGUGGUUUGUAAGGUUUUGUUUAUGUAUAUUUUUCUUGUAGAUUCUAUUUCUAUAUUUUUCUGUAAAUGCUUACCAAAAUGAAUUUCAAGCAAGUAUAUAGUCAAAUAUACGUACUUUGAUAACAACUUCACUUUGAACCUCAGUCUGCAUGACCUUUUCCUCUGACUACAGUAUCUCAGUCCAUUGGGUUGUGAAAGGACUGAUGUCCGUUUCCAGAGGGAUCAUAAACCAAGGGUGUAGUUUUCAGGUAAAUGGUAGAGAAUUAAAGGAAAUGAGAGAAAAAAAAUCACCCCAAGAAUGGUGGAAUGGCAAGGAAACCUGAAAGGAUGGUGGGGACAAAGACCUUCAUGUAAAAUGCUCACAUAAAAGGCCAGUUUGUUAAACCAAAGAGGUUUACAAGAAUCAGGUUUAAUAUCAGUGGCACAUAUCGUGAAAUUUGUUGUUUUGUGGCAGCAAAUCAAUACAAUACAUAAUAAAAAUUAUAAAUUAUAAGAAAUAUUUAAAUAUUAAAUAAGUAGUCCAAAAAGAGAAUAGAUACAAACGUUUGUAUAUAUUACAUAUUCACUACGUGCUUCCCCCAUCUCUCUCUCUCUCUCUCUCUCUCUCACUCACUCACUCACUCACUCUCUCACUCUCACACACACACACACACACACACUCACUCCAUUCAGAAAUCUGAUGAUGGAGGGGAAGAAGUUGUUCCUGAAACUUUGGAUGUGUGUCUUCAAACUCCAUACCUCCUCCUUGAUGGCGGUACAACAAGAAGCCAAAAUAAGGACAAUAUCUGUACUUCACAUGUAAUUGGAGUCAUACCCUGUACCUGACCAAGGUGAACCAUCUUCACCUUUAUGCCUGUAACACUGUAUUGUAAUAUAACCUGGAAAUUUGUAAUAAUAAAAUAUACU